AUGGACAUGCUUCUGGAGUGCUCCAUAUUCAUCUUGGUCAGUGCUGAUAUGGGCAACUACUACCAGCUCUCUGGGGUUCCUGUGCAUGAGGUGAAGUCGGAUGAACCUCAGAAGAACAACAUCGCAAGAGUCAACGCGGUCAAGGAAGCGCCCACCAAACCUUCACAGCUCAAGAUUGAAAGCAAAAAGCCUGGUGCUAUUACAUUUGUGCGCAGUCGCAUGCUGUAUGCGAAAGCAGCGCUCAACGCGAAAGGUGGUGUGAGAUUUGGCAUGCGCCAUAUUCAUGUUCUCAAUCGGUUCACUGAUCGAAAAGACAAGCAAGAGACAGUGCAUAUCAUGCGGUAUAUCUUCCCGCGUCAGUUCGGGUUGCACAACGUCUUCACUUCCAAGGUGGAUCAUCGUGAGACAGCCAUGCCGUUCAAAGACUACACGCUGCGCGAGAAGGAUAUACACACCGCCAUGUGUCGGGAACUGGGCUCCAAAGCGACAGACGCCCAGGAAAUAGCUAAGUGGAAGCAGCGAAUACCCAAGAGACUCCGGGGUGACGCUGUUAAACUGGUGGACAAACUUCGGGUCCGCAAUCAGCGGUGCUCGUAUAUGGAGAUGCUGCGCCACUACUGUCCAAUCGAGGGAGUACCCGUGUCAACGAAGCCAGAUUGGAGGAAGAGCACACUUCAGCCGAAGGCAGAUGUACGAUCAGUCGCAGAUCCCGUCAAUCGUCGCACAAAAGCGCGACCUACUCCUGGAAAUCCCACCGUUCAAGAAACCUGUUUCACAGAUCUGGCGUGUCCAGCAGCACACGUAUCGGCCUUUUGUCGCGCAGUCAUAUCCAAAGUUAUACCGGAAAGAUUCUGGGGCAACGAGCAUAACCAUCGCACCCUUAUGUAUUGGGUGGACCAAUUCGUAGACAUGCGCAGAUUCGAAUCGCUUAAUCUACAUCAGAUUACACAGAACAUACAGAUCACGAACAUAGCCUGGUUGUGCCCGCCCAGCCAAGACGACGACACAAAGGUGUCCAAGUCGGACAUAGAUAAGCGUACGGAGAUAUUUCUCGAGUUCGUCUACUGGCUCUUCGACUCUGUCCUCGUUCCUCUGGUUCGCACAAACUUCCACGUAACAGAGUCCAACGCGCAUCGGAACAGACUAUUCUAUUUCCGCCAUGAUAUUUGGCGGAUGUUAACAGAGCCCGCUUUGAAGGAACUACGGAUGAACAUGUUCGAGGAGAUGCCUACUGAGAGCACGGAAAGACUGCUGUCCGCACGUCAGCUCGGCUUCAGUAAUAUCCGUCUCCUUCCGAAGAAACAGGGCUGCCGAACUAUCAUGAAUCUCAAGAGAAGACAGCAGGUGAUGCGAUAUGGUACUAUGACUCUCGGACGAAGUAUCAACUCGGUGAUGACACCAGCUUUCAAUGCGAUUACCUACGAGAAGGCUUGCUUCGACACUAUACCACAGUCACGCUUGCUGCGUAUGAUCGACAGUCUCAUGUCGAUCCAGGCUUACAACACCGGCAAACAUGUGGAGAUUUCCCCCCUGGGUCCUCUACAGCGUCUCGGCGGUAAACAUGUGGACCCAAUGCCUCUCAAGAAGUACAUACCGCAUACUGAGGCAGCGACGAGUGUAACGCCUUUCCACCAACUCGUGCAAGAUAGAUUGGCAGGCACAAAGGCCAACACCGUCUUUGUUAAUACCAACUUGCAACGGCGUGAGACCAAGGAUGACUUGAUGCAGCUCUUACAGGAGCAUAUCGAGAGAAAUGUCGUUAAAAUCGGGAAGCGCUUCUAUCGCCAGAAGACUGGUAUACCACAGGGCUCAGUCUUAUCGAGCAUCUUGUGCAACUUCUUCUACGCUCAGCUAGAACGCGAUGUGCUUGGGUUUGUGCUUGAUGAAGACUCGUUGCUUCUCCGCCUACUUGACGAUUUCCUCUUGAUCAGUAUCAACGAACAGCAUGCUCAGCGCUUCGUACGCGUUAUGCACAAAGGCCACCCGGAAUACGGCGUAGUGAUAAAGCCUUCAAAGUCGAUGGCAAACUUCGAUGUCACGACAGAAGAAGGAGACCAGAUAGCGACAAGCGGCUCAGAUGGUAAAUUCCCGUAUUGCGGCGUCUGUAUCGAUACGACGACGCUGGAAGUCAGCAAAAAAACAGAACGCCCUACAAAGGCCGGUGUUGAGGACUCUUUGACUGUAGAUCUGACCAAAAUGCCCGGCCAGACGUUCCAUCGCAAAGCUCUGAAGUAA